GGCGCCACUGUGGCAUCAUACAGGUGGAAGCGUGUUUGUAGGUCAAGGGCAGGAAGCUGUCUAAGGCGACGUCGAUAUACCGCUAGCGCACGGCACUCACCAAAGCAACAAGCAAUCCGGAACGCGAGCUCAACUGCGAGCUAAGCGAAAAGCGAAGGAAAGAAACGAAGAUGGGUGAGUAAGGGUGAGUAAGGGUGAAUCCAGACACUUACAGAGCGGUAACCAGACACAUAUCUAUCACGGUCGAUCGUGCUUUCUGCUCAGAUCCAGGUUACCCGCCAGAGGUGAAGGAGGAGCCGCCAGACGAAGACCAUGCCGCCGCACACGAGCCAAUGGGACCGUCACAGCCGUCACACCCUGUGCACAUCAAGCAGGAACCAAUGGCAGACGCACCACCACCUCAAAAUGAGCAGCAGCACGGCUAUGAAGCCCAACAGAUCCAUCAGCAGCAGCAGCAGCAGCAGCAGCAGCCGAGAGAAAUGCAGCGGUCCGUAGGAAGAGAGAGAGAGAGAUGGAUCGGCGCAUGUGUGUGUGGGUGUGCGCGAGUGUGUGUUCAGAGGCCCCCCGGCGCGUUAUCCUGUUCAUCAUCAAGGCCCUCCCCCACCGCGGCCACCCCCUGGUCCCAGCUUCAGAGAACGAAUCGGUACACACCCUUAUAUCCACCCUGCCCCAACAAACGCGCAAAGGCGCCUGUGCGCCUCGAGGCGGGUCUGUCUGUCUGUCUGUCUGUGACCGGUGUGUGCGUCAGCGCACGGCCCCCAUGUGCGCUACUUCCUGAUCAAGAGCAACAGCGGCGAGAACCUCAGCACCAGCAUGGUCAGUGUCAGUGAGCGGGGCAGUGGGGCUGUCGGCAGAGGGUGAGUGCACGUGUACAAGGCAUUCUGUGUGUAUGUGAGUGAGUGCAGGAGUUGGGUGUGUGGGCGACGAUGCAGCGGAACGAAGAGAAGCUCAUCCAGGCUUUCAGGGUAAGAAGCAGACAACCAGGGAUCGAUUCUCUCUCUCUCUGUCUGCACAGGGAACGAACUUAUGCGUGUGUGCGUGCAGUCGUCCUCCGAUGUGGUGCUGAUCUUCUCCCUCAACGACAGCGGGGCCUUCCAGGGCUACGCAAGGAUGAGAAACGAGUGAGGACGCUCAUUCACCACACAUAUGGUGUCACGUGGCUGUGGGUCUGGGUCUGUGUGUGGGUCUGUGUGUGGGUCUGUGUGUGGGUCUUGUGGAUGCAGGCCGGGCCAGUCGUCGAUCAGGGAUGUGUUCGUCAAGCCCAACGGGCAGACCUUCAGGGCCAGACACUUCGACAUAGAGUGGAUCGAAACGUAUGUACGUACGUACGUGGGUAUUCGACAGUACACACACACACACACACACACAUACACAUGAAUAUGCACGUGCCAUGCUGUGUGUGCGCAGCCACGAUGUGCCGUUCCAGCUGACGGGCCACAUAACCAACCCCCUCAACGACAACAGACCCGUCAAGAUCGGCAGAGACGGACAGGUAGGUGAACACACUCACACAUGAAUAUGAUUGACGCCGCGUGUCAUGAUUAGUAUGUUUCUUUCCUGUGUGUGUGUGUGUGUGUGGGCGCCGGCCGGUUGCAGGAGCUCUCCCCUGACUGUGCGCGCGCCCUCCUUGCGCUGUUUGACCAACACGGCAACCUCGGUACAGGUGUACUGCACCCCAGCCAUUGAGAACAGGGAAGGGCAAUCAUCGCCUUCGUCUGCACAGGCCCCCCUCCCCCUCCCCCACUCCCCUCCCCAAUCCCCCCUCCACAUGGCCAUUUCCAUGACGACCGGCCGCCACCGAUGCCACACCCACACCCACACGACUAUUGGGGCUAUGACGGGUCAGCCAGCCAACCAGCAAGGUGCGCAUCCUUUGUGUCUGAAUCUCUCUGGAGAUGGGUGGAUGUGUGUGUGUGUGUCAGGCCUCCACCCCCAAUGGCCAUGAGCCGGCCGCCAGGGCCCUAUCGCCCUCCCCCCGGACCACAGCAGCCUCCGGUGCCAUUCAGCUACCAGGACGGGUGGGUGCAAACAUACGAGACACUGAUUAACGCUCUAAAUGCCUCUGUCUGUCUGUCUGUCUAUUUUCAGGCCGCCUGCAUCUGCUGAGGGUCCGGCGCCAGAAGGUGGUGGGGGCGGUGAUGAAGGCAAGAGCGGGAAGAAGCGCAAGAGGGACCUGAAGCGUGGCGACUACUGCUGGAUCAUCGCAAACAUGGUAGGUAUACCGUCUGGCACCUGAUUGCAUUGACACCUCACACCACACUCAGCAAACAGAUCGGUUUAUCCGGAUGGUGCGUGUGUACGUGUGUAUGUGUGCAUGUGUGUGUGUCUGCACAGUCCUAUGAGGAAUAUCUCGACGCCUACCACCGAUGGGUUGCUUUCCAGCAGCAGCAGCAGCAGCAGCGGACGGCCGGUGGUCCGCAGAUGGCGUAGCUCGAAGGGAGAUGAUGAUUGCUGUCCUCGAUGGUAGGGCCUGUCGCGCAUGUGUGCUGGCUACACUAUCAUGCCUGACCUCCUUCCUACGGCUCGACCGUCCCCCCAGCCAGUGCGUCAGCCGAUCAGUUGGGGGAGGGAAAUGGCCAGUGGCUCGCCGACUUGUGCUCUUAUACAUGGAUGGAUGUCGGCACUUCUAUACUAUGUGGGGAAACGGUUCGCCGCGCGAAUGACCGUCGAAUUGUUGAACUACUGAAUGCGGUAUCGCUCGUGUAGGG